UCGCCACCCCGGCCCCGGGGAUCUCUGCUACAGCUGGUUUGCCCUGGGAUUAGCGGCUCUUCGCAUUCGCUUGUAGCUGAGGAUGUGGUUUCUGUUGGGACCGAGUGCGGAGAUCUAUUGGUUGCUGGCUUUGUAAAUUUCAUUCAGUUUGGUCCAAUAGCCGAGGGGGAUCGGGGAGACAUCGGGAGCUCUGUCUUCAAUCUCCCCUUUUCCGCGCAGACCCGUCUCUGUCUCUCAGCACAGAGCUCUUAUUCAGACCUCGCUCUGCCCUUUCCUGCUACGACUCGGUUGCUUGCUCCUCCUGACCCUUUAGGGCCGAAACAACGAAUUUCCUCCAAACGGCCGCCGCGGUGGUCCCCACAUUCCUUUGGAGGAGCAGCUCUGGUGGGGAGUUCGAGAAGGCACCAGCUCCUGGAUGCAACACAGCCUCCCCGAAUCCUACCCUCAGCCAGGGCUUCCCUAGAAAAAAUCUGGACGUGUUAAAAAGAGCAGCCCCAGCUAAUGCAGCUUUUCCACGACUAAGGUGUCCUUUUGACCUACUACCCAGGGUGAUUUGCAAUGGCUAUGAACGUCUUCAUGAACCCCCAGAUCUUCAGUUGUAAAGAAGAAAGUAUAUGGAGAGGCUUUCUUGAAACAUUGUCAUAGUGUGGAAUAAUACAUCAUUCUCCGUUCCAAGCCUCAUAUUCCUCAAAAGGGACAGAUGUGUUGAGAUGGAAAAGACAGCAAGGAUAUGUCCAUGGAGGUGUUUUUGAAGGCAUCUUCUUAGAAGGACAAUGUAAUGGCGGACUGCUCUGCCUUGGAGUUUUCCUAAGGAAUCCUUGUCCUUGGGAGGUGUCGGAUGGUCACUGCGUCCUUGGAGCCUCACACCUGCUGGAAUUCCCUUCCAGGAUUAAGAGAGGGCUGCUCUCUCCCGCAAUGGGCUGCCGAGAAGACAGCUGGGUGUGUCCUUAACCGCGGGCUCUGUCUAUGACCCAUCUCAGAGGCUCCUCUCCUGGGCCUUCUGCUCCCUGGAAAGCCCUCUCUGUCUGCAGGCUCGCUUCCCAGCUUUGCUUGCUUGGAGUUGCAUCACACAGACCCCCACGGAUGUGGCAGUGAACAAUGUCGAGACCCAAGGGACUGUUAUGGCUGCCACUGUUCUUCACCCCGGUCUGCGUCAUGUUGAACUCCAACGUUCUCCUGUGGAUAACCGCUCUUGCCAUUCGCUUCACGCUCAUUGACAGCCAAGCACAGUAUCCAGUCGUCAACACAAAUUAUGGCAAAAUCCGGGGCCUAAGAACACCAUUGCCCAAUGAGAUUUUGGGUCCCGUGGAGCAAUACUUGGGGGUUCCCUAUGCCUCGCCUCCCACUGGAGAGAGGCGGUUUCAGCCCCCAGAACCCCCAUCCUCAUGGACUGGAGUUCGAAAUGCCACCCAGUUCGCUGCUGUGUGUCCCCAACACCUAGAUGAGAGGUCUUUAUUGCACGAUAUGCUGCCCAUCUGGUUUACUGCCAAUUUGGAUACUUUAAUGACCUAUGUUCAAGAUCAAAACGAAGACUGCCUUUACCUAAAUAUCUACGUGCCCACCGAAGAUGGAUUCUCAGAACAUGUUUGCCUGCAGCCUCGCGCGAUCCUGACAAGAGAAUCAGAAAUCCAUGGUGAAAGAGAUGAUGGAAAUGAAGGUAAUCAUGGCCGUGAUUAUGAUGAUGGAGGUGAUAAUGACCAUCCUGGUGAUGAUGAUGAUGAUUUUGAUGUUAGUGGUGAUGGUGAUAGCCAUGAAGAUGAUGGUGAUGGUGAUGGUGAUUUUGAUGUUAGUGGUGAUGGUGAUAGCCAUGAAGAUGGGGAUGAUGAUGGUGAUGGAGUUGAUGAUGGUGUUGAAGAUGGUGCUGAGGACAGUGGUGAUGGGGGUGAUGAUGAUGGUGAUGUGAUCAUGGUGGGGGUGCUGAUGCUGAUGACAAUAAUGAUAGUGAUGGUGGGGGUGGUGAGGGCAAAGAAGAUGACAUUAGUUGCUACUCAGAGAAUGAGUUUUUUACAGCAAGCACUUUGCACUAAAGCUUGA